GUGUAUCUUCACCAUCACACCUGAACUCAGGAGAAGGAAAAGCCCCCGGAGCCUCUGACUCUCCAGAGGCUGAGCAUCGAUCCCCUCGGCCCCAGCUACAAAACCCAGCCAGGAAAGACCCUGGUGGCCCUCAGCCUGCGCUGGCUGUGGGAAGAGACCCUGAGGCCGCUCCCAGCCGCUGGCAGCAAGCGGGAGGACGCAGAGAAGCAGACUUCUGGUAAUCAUGACACAAGGAAAUGCCACUGAAGUGACUGAAUUCUAUCUUCUCGGAUUUGGUGUGCAAUAUGAGAUCCAGGCUGUCCUCUUCUUUGUAUUUCUUGUGAUCUAUGUGAUAACCAUGGUGGGUAACAUCGGAAUGAUCCUGCUCAUCAGCACAGAUCCCAGACUGCAAACACCCAUGUACUUCUUCUUACAACAUCUAGCUUUCGUUGACAUCUGCUACACGUCUGCCAUCACUCCGAAGAUGCUUCAGAAUUUCAUCACAGAAAACAAAUCCAUAUCGUAUGGAGGGUGUAUAAUGCAAUUAUUGGUUGUCGCAACAUUUGCAACCAGUGAUUGCUACUUCCUGGCAACUAUGGCUGUGGAUCGCUAUGUAGCCAUCUGUAAGCCUCUUCGCUAUCCCAUAAUCAUGUCCCAAACAGUCUGCAUCAAACUGGUAGUUGGCUCAUACCUCAUGGGAUCAAUAAACGCCUCUGUACACACAGGAUUUGCACUUUCCCUGUCCUUCUGUAAGUCCAACAUUAUCAAUGACUUUUUCUGUGACUUUCCGCCAAUUCUUGCCCUCUCUUGUUCCAAUACUGACAUCAAUAUCGCAUUAAUUGUUGUCUUGGUGGGAUUUAACUUGACAUUCACUGUGUUGGUCGUGAUCUUCUCCUACAUCUCCAUCACGGUCGCCAUCUUAAAGAUGUCUUCCACUGCGGGGAGGAAGAAGACAUUUUCUACCUGUGCCUCCCACCUGACGGCUGUCACCAUUUACUAUGGAACCCUCUCCUACAUGUACUUACAGCCUCCUUCUGAGCAUUCCCAGGAGAACAUGAAAGUGGCCUCUGUACUCUAUGGCAUCAUCAUUCCCAUGUUGAACCCUGUGAUCUACAGCUUGAGAAACAAGGAGGUCAAGGAAGCUGUGAAAGCCGCAGGGAAAAGGGCUUUGUAGGUUAGACCUGAGCUGUUUAAACUUGGCACAUCAAACCAUCCAGUAGAGAUGUGCUACCACAAUUUAAUGUUUCUAAAAUAGGGACCAUGGCUAUUUCUUAAACCAAAUCUACUUCAUUCAAUAAAGUCUUAAAAUGUGGACAACAGUAGAAACAUCUAGGACUGAGAAACGCCCCCUGGUAAACACAGAUAUUGGACUGGUUCUAAAGCCCCUAAUGUUACUGAUCAAGCAUAGAGCAAGAAACUCCCUCCAUAUGGGUAGUUGGAGAGAUGCUUAACUACACAGGAAUUCUGUGACAUUCUUCUUCCUGUAUAAUUGUUCGUGUCCUUCUUUGUUGACUCUAUAAUAAUGAUGUGAUUCAUCCCUCCAC